UCCUUGUCACAGCGCGGCGGUCCUGCUCCCUCUCCCCGCCUCGGUCUCUGUCUCUCUCUCUCCGUGUCUCUCCUGGUCGCGAAGGAAGCUCCUCUUGCUCAGGGAAAGCUGUAGAACCUUUGUGAAAGUGAGAGCGACAGCCGCCCAGGGUAGGGGGUGCUGACUCAGGGACUUUGCACGCAGGGUCCUGGGCCUCUGACCUCGGGAGAAUAAGGGGGCGGGCCUCAGUCAUCGCCCCCAAUCGCGCUGAGCUACUCGGAAUCCGGGUCAAGGUGCCCACGGACUUUGCAAGUCAGUUCUGUGGGCCCGCUUUAAGAAACCGGAGCAACUUCAGCAGGCACAAACUUUGGCAGACGCGAUCCUAGCUCAGGCUGAUCUGCCUUAGUUGAUGAAAGGGAAGGAGAGAGUGGAUAGCCAUCGCCACAGUCCACAGCUCCAGGGACAGGUGCACGUCCCAGCCUGGUCGCGCUUUAGUUUGACUUUUACCGAGUUCUGCUCAGGUUCCAGGCAGGCUAGACCCUGGUGCUCACUGCUGCAUUUCUGAAGUCAGCUUCGCCCCGGAACUCUGACUUCGGAAUACUCUCUAUACGGUAGAUUUCUCCAUGGGGUUAAGGCCUGGAGCGUAACCCUCGAUUGCCCAGGUGCAGUUAGGCAUGGACUUUACCAGGCACGCGGGGCACAGGCUUUCUUCUCAGUUCGAGACUGCAUGCCGAAGUAGCAUAAACACUGUGGAGGUUCAAGUGUCUGGGGGCUGGGGAUUGGUAGAAAAGAAUUCUUAUGCUCCCCUGACUGUCCCCUAAUCCAGCUUUCUGGAGAGAAGUGGAAGCCUGAGGAGAGAGGGAUGGAAGUGAGAAAAUGCCUGCUGAACUAAUUUGUCCCAUGAAAUGCCUCUAAUAAGAAUGAAAACCCACAUCCAGUCCUUUUUCAGCAGCCCAGGUAGUAGCAGAGUGGGUCUCCGGAGAACAAACCAGCUUCAAGAGUUUCUUUGUUGCAAUAAUUCCACAAAUUUCACCCGGACUUAUUGCUAUACCUUGACUCUUAGGAACAGAACCACGUGCAAAGCUAGUCUCCCGGGUCACAGCUUCCUAGGGGAGAGAAGGGCUGGCCGAGAUGGGAAGCUACUGGUGUAUAGAUGGACCUUCCCAGGCUCCUGGAAGUAAAUGCAGUUUCAUUAAGACCCGAGAGCAGAUAGAUCCCCGAAGACGCAACGGGCAUUUCAGUGCAGCAGGAUGGACGCCUCACCAGUAGUUUCGAUGGAUCUUGUUCCUGGGGAGAAUGUAACCGAAGUAUCAGGUGUUGGUCAUCCUCUCGUCGGGCGUCCGGACCCUGUCACCAUUCCUGUUGGGGAUUCAAUGUGGAGGAUGAUUAUCUUGGGCUGCUGCUGGGCUCCUCCAGGCGCAAGCUCCUGUAGUUCGCUCCAUCCUUAUUAAUGCAAGCAGUUAACUCGCUCACGCUCAAUUAGCCCCGAAUAAACCACUUUAAUAGACUCUGCACACUUCAUUAAUGCCCUGCUUAGGGCUUGCGGCAGACCUGGAAUUGGCGCUCCAUCGCGCGAGGUACGCGAGUGCCUGAACUGAGCAGGGACCCGAGCGCCAAUUGCCUUUACUGUGCUAGUCGAGACCUUUGCUACCGCUUCUCAAGGCCGGAGGCACCGACUCUUUGUGGAGUAAAUGCCUGGCUUCGGGGAGAGGUGUUCGUUUCGCGUUAAAAGAUCAAAAGCCUUCGCACUGGGGUCUUGGGGUUAGGACAAGGAGAGCCGGACAAGCCGGGUUUCCCGCUCAUCCUCUCUGGCUGGGGAAGCAAGGUUGAUACUGUGUUUUUCUCGUAGCUGACCGCCUGAAACCAGAUCAUGCAUCCCGCCCAUUCUGGGUACUAGUGUCAGGGAGCCACGUUUCGAACGAAUUUCGUCCGCCGGAAAGUCAUUGGCGGGAGCCUGGGGAGCCCUGGCCUCGGAAUGCUGCUGCAGAAAACAAGAAACUGCCCGGGCCGCCGAGGAAAAUAAAUGGAGUGUUGGGGGAAAUAAGAUUGGGCAGAUAGCCCGGAAAGGUUGGCUCCCAAGAGCCGUGGUGGCAGCAUCCCCCCUCUCUGGCCCCCCACGGAGCCCCAAGACCGCUGGGUCUUUUUUGCUCCUUGAUGGGAGGUGAGGAAAGGCAAGGCGAGGUUGGUGGGGACUCCCACCUGAGCUCCAGGCUUGGGCCAGCGUGCAGCUCCAAGUCCUGCCGCUAAGGCCUCUUGGAGAGGAGCAAGCCCAGGCCUCCCGGUAUCCCGGCGGCGGGCUCCCGAUGACUGGAGACAAGGAUCUGAUUUCUAGUGCCUGGAGGGGAAGAAGAGGUGACAGCAAAAUCAAAGAGCGCUCAUCUUGCCUAAGUCCAGGCGAACUUUGAAGUUAGCAGUCUUCUCUUCCCACUUCCAAUACAAGCGGUCCCAGCUUCUCCUUUAGCUCUGUUCGCAUUUUGCUUCGUUCUUGUUUCAGAGCUUUGGGAUGGACUAGGAUUUUAGGGCAGAACUGGCGAUAGGAAGCAGUAGAGAAGACCCUUGCAGAAGCUCUACCAUGGCCAUUGCCGUUGCUUCUGAGGUCUCAUUGCUGCAGAUAUGUGCCUCCUCUACCCUGCAGCUGAAUCAAGUGAUCAGACUUGGUUUUCAUCCGAUGGAUAAUUUAAUUCGUGUAGGCAACUCUCUAGGGGCUCAUGGGUUUUAGACACUACCUCUUUCCUUAGAGCCCACCACACAAUCAGUGACCCUCCUGUCAGCUUCUAGAGGGAAAGAUUUUCUGAAGAUUGUCCUCACACCUUCCAAGUACAGACAGUGCACAUCCCUGCACAAGACCAGAAUUUUAAAGCAAAAGGCUGGGACCUUGAACUGGGGCUUGAGGGCUGGCUGGGCCUAGGAAGGCUGAGUGUGCUAUGCCAUAGGGAGCAAGAUGGUGGCCUGCACCUCCCAGAUCGAGAUUGAGAACCACUGCAACUACCACAAUGGGCAGCAAAACUUUGCCAGCCCCGGUGCCCAUCCACCCAUCCUUGCAGCUCACCAACUACUCUUUCCUCCAGGCAGUGAAUGGCCUUCCCACAGUGCCCUCGGAUCACCUGCCCAAUCUGUAUGGUUUCAGUGCUCUGCACGCUGUGCACCUGCACCAGUGGACGCUAGGUUACCCAGCCAUGCAUCUGCCCCGCUCCUCUUUCUCCAAAGUGCCGGGUGCAGUAUCCAGCCUGGUGGACGCGCGCUUCCAGCUGCCGGCCUUUCCUUGGUUCCCUCAUGUCAUCCAGCCCAAGCCAGAGAUCACCGCUGGAGGCAGCGGUCCAGCGCUCAAGACCAAGCCUCGCUUUGAUUUCGCCAACCUGGCCCUGGCCGCCACACAAGAAGAUCCCACUAAGCUUGCCCGAGGGGAGGGCCCAGGCUCCCCCGCAGGUGGGCUAGGUGCCCUCUUGGAUGUGACCAAGCUGUCCCCAGAAAAGAAGCCCACGAGGGGACGCCUGCCUUCCAAGACCAAGAAAGAAUUCGUCUGCAAGUUUUGUGGCCGCCACUUCACAAAGUCCUAUAACCUACUCAUCCAUGAGCGGACGCACACGGAUGAGCGGCCCUACACCUGUGACAUCUGCCACAAAGCCUUCCGGAGGCAAGACCACCUACGGGACCACAGAUACAUUCACUCCAAAGAGAAGCCUUUCAAAUGUCAAGAAUGUGGAAAGGGAUUCUGCCAGUCCAGGACUCUCGCUGUCCACAAGACGCUACACUCACAGGUGAAGGAGCUCAAAACCUCCAAGAUCAAAUGCUAAACAGCCUCUGGACCACCAGGACCCUGGCCACGCUGCCCCCUCCUCUGGAGGAACCCGAAGCUGAAGGCCACUCUGGCGGGCAGCGGGAGGGGCGCUUGGGACUUCCCCCCACCCCAACAAUGUCCCCUGGGUCCUCGGCACACGCGGCAUUACAGAGUCCUGCCCGGGGCCAUGACCCUGACCGCCCGGGCGGCUCCCCCAGGACGCGGCUUAACUUUGGGCCAAAAGGAGGUACUCACGUGGCGGAAGGGAAACUGCAUUAAAAAAAGAACGAAAGCUCCGUGGAGACGCAGCGGCGCCUCUCCCAGAAGUAUUACUUUUUCUAUUGUUAUUUUAUACAUUUUCUUUAUUUUUUUUUUCUUUGACCAUAUAAGCUUGUAACUCUUGACUGCGGAUAGGAGAGAGGAAAAAAGUUCUGCGCGCCCGCAACUUCUAACUCCUCCUCCAGUCCCCAUGCCCACCCUGGGAGCCUGCAAAAGUGUAAUCGGUGUAUCUGCUUCAGCCGCCCGGCCCCAGGGACCGCGGGGCCCGGAGCGCCGGCUCCCGCUGCUGCCGCGCAGCCGGCCGAGGGCUCCCGGACUCGGAUGGCGGGGCAGGGAUCUCGCGCCCGGGGUCGGGAGGAGCCCGGCCGCGGCUCCCCUGCUCCACCGCCGCGUCACAGCGAGCGAGCAGCCGGCCAGGAGCCGGGCGUUGUAUUGCGACUGGCACUUUAUGCUGACCAUCGGUAACGGACAUUUAUCACUGGAGUUGUUUUUUUUUUUUAACUAUUAAAUAAACGGUUAU